CAGAGAGGUUGGACUUUCCGAGCAGCUUGUGAACGCCUCGGAGCGCAGAGUGGUGGUGCUCAGUGCAUGAGGAGGAUUAUCUCUGUGUUAACACGGAUUCAAGCAGGAGGUUUGUGUUAAAGAAAUGGGAAACACCGACACCAAACUUCACUUCAGGAAGGCGGUGAUUCAGCUCACAACCAAAACACAGCCUGUUGAGGCCGCAGAUGAUGCCUUCUGGGACCAGUUCUGGGCUGACACCUCCACCACCGUCCAGGAUGUUUUCACUCUGGUUCCAGCAGCUGAGAUCAGAGCCGUGAGAGAGGAGUCUCCGUCAAACCUGGCAACCCUCUGCUACAAGGCGAUGGAGAAGUUGGUCCAGGGCGCGGACUCUGGCUGCUCCUCCGACAAAGAGCGUCAGGUUGUGCUGAACUGCACCCGCCUGCUCACCCGCAUCCUCCCCUACAUCUUUGAAGACCCAGACUGGAGAGGCUUCUUUUGGUCCACCGUGCCUGGAGCCGGCAGAGCCGGGCGUCUGGAUGAAGAGGGUGAUGAUGAUGAAGCUCGCCCGCUGGCUGAGUCCCUGCUGCUGGCCAUCGCCGACCUGCUCUUCUGUCCAGAUUUCACCAUCCAGACCCACAAGAAGAGCAGCCCGGAGUCAGCCGAGGACAUUCGGUCCAUAGACAGCUGUGAGUACAUCUGGGAGGCCGGGGUGGGCUUCGCCCAUUCACCUCCUCCCAACUACAUCCAUGACCUCAACAGGACAGAGCUGCUGAAGUUACUCCUCACCUGUUUCUCCGAAGCCAUGUACCUUCCUCCUUCCUCUGAAAGCAAAAACCUCAAUCCCUGGGUCACCUUCUUCUGCUCCUCAGAGAACAGACAUGCCCUGCCUCUGUUCACCUCCCUGCUCAAUGUGGUGUGCGCCUACGACCCUGUGGGAUAUGGCAUCCCGUACAACCACCUGCUGUUCUUCAACCACCGGGAGCAGCUGGUAGAGCAGGCGAUCCAGAUUCUUAUCGUCACCCUGGAACAUGAAGCUGGGUCAGCAGUAAGCGCCGCCCUCCAGGCUCUGGACACCUCCGCAUCCCCUUCACCUAAUGAGGAGCAGGAGCCUGCUGGACCUGAUAAUCUUUUUGUGAACUAUCUCUCCAGGAUCCACAGAGAAGAGGACCUAAGCCUCAUCCUGAGAGGCCUGGCUCGGCUACUGAAUAAUCCUCUGCUCCAGACUUACCUGCCUCGUUCCUCCAAGAAGAUCCAGUUCCACCAGGAGCUGCUGAUCCUUUUCUGGAAGUUCUGUGACUUCAACAAGAAAUUCCUGUUCUUUGUUCUGAAGAGUAGCGAUGUGUUGGACAUGCUGGUUCCCAUCCUCUUCUACCUGAAUGAUGCCAGCGCUGAUCAGUCUCGUGUGGGUCUCAUGCACAUGGGUGUGUUCAUCAUCCUGCUGCUAAGCGGAGAAAGAAACUUUGGCGUUCGUCUGAACAAGCCGUACGCUCUCCGUGUCCCCAUGGACAUUCCUGUGUUCACUGGAACCCACGCCGACCUGCUCAUUGUGAUUUUCCACAAAAUCAUCACCAGUGGACACCAGCGUCUCCAGCCCCUGUUUGACUGCCUGCUCACAAUAAUAGUGAACAUUUCACCUUAUCUGAAGAGUCUGUCAAUGGUGGCAGCCAAUAAACUGCUCCACCUCCUGGAGGCCUUUUCCACACCCUGGUUCCUCUUCUCCUCCCCCCAGAACCACCACCUGGUCUUCUUCCUGCUGGAGGUCUUCAACAACAUCAUCCAGUAUCAGUUUGAUGGUAACUGCAACCUGGUCUACACCAUCAUCCGUAAGCGAAACGUCUUCCACCAGCUGGCCAACCUGCCAUCUGACACGGUGUCUAUUGAGAAGGCCCAGCAGAAGAAAAAGAAGAAGAAGUCUGGGAUUUCCAGGACCAACUCUAUAGAGAAGGAAUCCAUGGAGGGAUCCAGACCAGCUGCACCAGCUGAGCCUGGCACGCUCAAAACCAGCUUAGAGGCCACACCAGGAAUUGAUAAGAUAACAGAAAAGGCCCAGGUGGGUGAGGAUGGUACCAUGGUUGCUGUUCCACGUUCAGAUUCUUCACAGGCGACUGCUGACAACAGUACUGUAGCUGGAGCCAGCGACACAGAGUCCAACUCGGAGAGAGACCCAGAGGUUUACCACACAGAGUCAGAAGCUGUGAGGAGUCGGUUGUCAAGUGUCUCAGCAGCAGCCUGGAGCGCAAAUCCAGACUGGGUGUUGUCAUGGAAGGCUAAACUUCCUCUACAGACCAUCAUGCGACUGUUACAAGUACUGGUUCCUCAGGUGGAGAAGAUUUGCAUUGACAAGGGGUUGACCGACGAGUCCGAAAUCCUGAAUUUCCUUCAGCAUGGCACGCUCGUCGGCCUCCUGCCCGUCCCUCAUCCCAUCCUCAUCAGGAAGUACCAAGCCAACGCCGGCACAGCCAUGUGGUUCCGGACAUACAUUUGGGGAGUCAUCUACUUACGCAACAUGGAUCCUCCGAUCUGGUACGACACGGACAUCAGGCUGUUUGAAAUCCAAAGGGUUUAGAGGUCAACUGAAGGAUCCUGUUUGUUCUCGUCACACGCUCAGCAACAACAAGAAGACCAGAGGAGCAUCUCACGUCUUUUUGGAAUUUUAAGAAAACAAGCAGUGACUGUAUUGUACAUCAUUGUCUUUUCUUGUAGCAAAAAUGGAGAAUGUGUAAAUGUGUGAAUAAAUUAGCUAUUGCAGAUCA